AUGGAUUCGUCUGCGUCGUCGGAAAGCACAGUCACGGCGGACCUGGGAGCUCUCCUGGAGAGCACCAUGACCCUCUCGCGGGGCCUGGAGACUCUCUACAGCGAGCACGAGGUCCUUCUCGAGGCGCUGGGGGCCAGCGGCGAGACCUCCAAGACCUCCCUCGACUCCAGCACAGUCGAGAGUGAAAAGAGCUGGGGAGAUGCGGACGUGCCCGAGGACUUUGGUCUGCAGGUGAAGGCAGAAAAGACGAAUGCACUCAGUCAUUCUCUGAAUCUACUGAGAGCCGGCAUGAGUGAGGCCAAGCUGUUGCACAUGAUGGCACAGUACGUCAACACUCUGGAGGGAGACAAGAAGACGCUGAGGGCACAGGUGAAGAGACUGGCCUCGGAGAACAACUGGUUGAGGAAGGAGCUGGCCGAACACCAGCAACUGCUGCAGGAGACAGAGAUACAGCUGGCGAGAGUCAGGGAGGAGAAGGAGCAACUGGAGUUUACUCUCUCCAACCAGAAGGAUGAACGUGGAGCCAGGGAGCAGAGUCCUUCAAUGGACAUUGAUGUACAAGAAGAGGAAGCAGAGGGGGUUCACUCUCGGUCCAGUGGCAGUCUGGGAGGUGGAGGAGUAGGGACAAGCAGCAGUGCUAGGUCUGACUACGAGGGUAAGCCAGAGAUAGCUGUCCCAUUCUGCAAGAAGGCAGUGCUGGAGCUGAAACAGAAGAAGGGCAGUGAGGACCCUGACGUGGCCGCGAUGCUCAACAUCCUUGCUGUGAUCUACAGAGAACAGGGGAAGAUGAAGGAGGCCAUCAAAUGUCUGCACGAGACUCUUGACAUCAGAGAGAAGCACUUUGGACUGGGGCACCCAGCGGUCGCCGCCACUACAACAACCUCAGUGUCCUCCACGGGAAGAUUGGAGACUUCAAGACUGCCGAACCCUACUGCAAGAAAGCCCUGGAGAUCAGGCAAAAGGUGUGCAUAUUGUCUACUGGGUGCCACCCACCCUGACGUGGCGAAGCAGUUCUCAAACCUGGCCAUCCUCUGCCAGCACCUCGGCAAAUACGAUGAGGUUGAGUAUUACUAUCAGAGAGCACUGGAGAUCUAUCAGACAGAACUGGGGCCUGAUGAUCCCAACAUUGCCAAGACUCUCAACCACUUAGCAAAUUGCUAUCUGAAACAAGGCAAGUACAGAGCAGCCGAGGCCACCUACAAGAAGGUCCUGGAUUCAGUGGACACGAGAGAGGCUCCAGGAUCAGGUGGAGUCCCGGGCCAGUCCCCAGUUCACUCCACUGCCUGGGUCCUCAAACGCCUCCUCCGAGAACACCAGCAUCACCACCAAGUAAACUCGACUCUCCGGAACCUCAGUAACCUGUACAGAGAGCAGGGUCAACUGGACAAGGCCGAGGAGCUGGACAGACUCACGCAACAGAAGACGUUGGACAAGUCUCAGCAGGACCGAGUGUUUGAGCUGCUGUCAGAGGUGGAGUCCUCGGCCGAGGGUUCUCUCAGCUCUGCCACUCAACCAACCAAGAGCCAACAGGCAUUUCGAGGGAAGCGUCCGUCUCUGUCUCAGAGUGUUCGCAGACUGUUUCGACUCAAGGUUGACCCGGAGGAGCCCGUACCUCCUCCUGACAGCCACUCGCAGUAGGUCAAGAUACUCAUCACAGCUAACAGCACCACUGGUAUAUGAUGUAGUACUAAAAACUGCUCCUUGCUUCUCUCUACUGUGGCUGUCACAAUAUUCAGCCAAAACACAAGCAAGGCCCUUCCCUGGACAAAAGUCAUUAUACACAUUGCCACAUGUAUUGUCACUUCACUCUUCUCCCAUCUUAAGUAGGAAAGUAUAAUGCAUUGCCACAUCAUUCUCUCCCAUCAUAUAUAGUAGUCCUACAACAACGCAGUGUUUCAUUCAGUCACUUUGAUUCUGCUAGAGCUCACAGGUAUUACUUGGAUCACAGGAUACUUCAUGUCACAAGUCACUGUAUCAAAUUUCAAUGAAAUCACAUAGUACACCAAUUGAGAAAAAAAACGGCACAACAGAUGAGAGACACACGUUCUGCGGAGGUUAAAAUUGAGCUGCACUGAAUGCAGCAGCAGCAAGUGAAGUGAGUGAAGCCAGCUAAUAGCGAGGGGAUGGUGAAUUAAUGUUUAAGUGUUGUGUUGAGUUGCUGAUGUGGAGUCUCCUCAAUCAUUGUCCAUUGACUGAGGCUGCAGCUGGUGUUUGCAGGUGGAGUUGUCCUGGGAGGAACUGGGGACAUCGAGGGCCGCCGGACACUCGAAGUGGACCACGUGAAACACCUCGUUGGCCGUGUUCUUUGUCCCCACUAUCUUUAUGAAAGUCACCGGCUGCUGUUCAAACUCUAUAGUCUGCCACG